AAGGAAGGAGGAACUACCCGAGCCGCGUGUGUCACUUCCAGUGUGCUGCUGCAAAACCGCGUUGCUAUGUGACUCCCUGGGACCAUUUAUCUGCUUUUUUUUGUUGCGGUGGGUGGGAAGGCAAGGUUAGAAAGUUUGGAAUCGCCACGGGUGUUUUUUGGGGGGGGUGUGCGGGGCGCGCAAGGAACGUGGUGCAAGUGGUUUCGGAAGUGGAGCGUGGCAGAGAGAAGGAAGAAAGGGGGGGUGCUUUUCUUUCCUGUGUAAUACCAGAUAGCUUCGUUUUCUUUCUUUCUUUCUGUCUUUUUUUUUUUGCCCGCUUGCACGCUCACCGCGACGGGACUGACGUAGAAUAUGGCGGAGCAUCACCCGGUUUCCGACAACAAACACAAAUCCUCGCUGAACUCCGGAGCGUCGUACUCCGGGAACGGGCGCAGCAGCACGGCGGUGGCGGAGAGAGGCACCAACGCCGGACCCGGAUCCGGAGGAGGAGGUGGUGGUGGUGGUGGAGGUCUGUCCGGCGGCCUGUCGCAGCCGGCCGGGUGGCAGUCGCUGCUGUCUUUCACCAUCCUGUUCCUGGCCUGGCUGGCCGGCUUCAGCUCCAGGCUCUUCGCUGUCAUACGCUUCGAGAGCAUCAUUCACGAGUUUGACCCCUGGUUCAACUACAGGUCGACUCAUCACCUCACCACCAAUGGCUUCUAUGAGUUCCUCAACUGGUUCGAUGAGAGAGCCUGGUACCCUCUGGGUAGGAUAGUAGGGGGCACAGUGUACCCGGGCCUCAUGGUGACCGCAGGACUCAUCCACUAUGUCCUCAACCUUCUGCACAUCACCGUCCACAUCCGGGACGUGUGCGUGUUCCUGGCCCCCGUGUUCAGCGGCCUGACCUCCAUCUCCACCUUUCUACUGACGAGGGAGCUGUGGAACCAGGGGGCGGGGCUGCUGGCGGCCUGCUUCAUCGCCAUCGUCCCCGGCUACAUCUCCCGCUCUGUGGCCGGCUCCUUUGACAACGAGGGCAUUGCCAUCUUCGCCCUGCAGUUCACCUACUACCUCUGGGUGAAAUCGGUGAAGACUGGAUCUGUCUUCUGGGCCAUUGGAUGCUGCCUUUCCUACUUCUACAUGGUGUCGGCUUGGGGCGGUUACGUGUUCAUCAUCAACCUUAUUCCUCUUCAUGUCUUUGUCCUGCUGCUCAUGCAACGCUUCAGUAGGAGAGUCUAUAUCGCCUACAGCACCUUCUACAUCAUCGGCCUGGUACUGUCCAUGCAGAUUCCCUUCGUGGGCUUCCAGCCAAUCAGGACCAGUGAACACAUGGCGGCAGCAGGUGUGUUUGUGCUGAUCCAGGUCUACGCCUUCCUGCAGUACCUGAAGGACAGACUGACCAGGCAGGAGUUCCAGGCCCUGUUCUUCCUGGGGGUCUCUCUGGCAGCUGGAGUGGUUUUUCUCUCCGUCAUCUAUCUUACAUACACAGGGUACAUUGCUCCGUGGAGUGGGCGCUUCUACUCUCUGUGGGAUACUGGCUACGCUAAGAUCCACAUUCCCAUCAUCGCGUCGGUGUCCGAGCAUCAGCCCACCACCUGGGUGUCCUUCUUCUUCGACCUUCACAUCCUGGUGUGCACCUUCCCAGCAGGCCUCUGGUUCUGCAUUAAGAACAUCAACGAUGAGCGUGUUUUUGUGGCCUUGUACGCCAUCAGUGCCGUGUACUUUGCCGGCGUGAUGGUGCGUUUGAUGCUGACUCUGACUCCGGUGGUGUGCAUGCUCUCGGCUGUGGCGUUCUCCAGUGUCUUCGAACACUACCUGGGCGACGACAUGAAGAGACAGAGUCCGCCGGCGGAGGACAGCAGCGACGAGGACGACAGGAAGAACGCAGGCAACCUCUACGACAAGGCCGGGAAGGUGCGUAAACAUGUGUCGGAGCAGGAGAGGGUGGAGGAGGGCCUGGGGCCGAACAUCAAGUCCAUCGUCACCAUGCUGAUGUUGAUGCUGCUCAUGAUGUUCGCCGUCCACUGCACCUGGGUCACCAGCAACGCCUACUCCAGCCCCAGCGUAGUGCUGGCAUCUUACAACCACGAUGGCUCCCGUAACAUCCUGGAUGACUUCAGAGAAGCCUAUUACUGGCUGAGGCAGAACACAGACGAGCACGCCAGGGUGAUGUCGUGGUGGGACUACGGCUACCAGAUCGCAGGCAUGGCCAACCGGACCACGCUGGUGGACAACAACACCUGGAACAACAGUCAUAUAGCACUGGUGGGUAAAGCCAUGUCAUCCAACGAGAGCGCCGCCUACGAAAUCAUGAGGUCACUGGAUGUCGACUACGUCCUGAUCAUCUUCGGAGGGGUGAUCGGUUACUCAGGCGACGACAUCAACAAGUUCCUGUGGAUGGUGCGCAUCGCAGAAGGGGAGCACCCGAGGGACAUCAGGGAGAGCGACUACUUCACCCCCCAGGGAGAGUUCAGGGUGGACAAAGCAGGCUCCCCCACGCUGCUCAACUGCCUCAUGUACAAAAUGUCUUACUACCGCUUUGGAGAGAUGCAGCUGGACUUCAGGACGCCACCGGGCUUCGACCGCACGCGUAACGCCGAGAUCGGCAACAAGGACAUCAAGCUGAAGCACCUGGAGGAGGCCUUCACGUCGGAGCACUGGCUGGUCAGGAUUUAUAAGGUCAAAAAGCUGGAGAACAGGGACCGCGUGGAGCACAAGCUUCGAAGCACCGACACCACCAGGCAGAAGUACACCUCCAAAAAGACGGUCAAGAGGAAGCGGGGACUCAUCAAGAACAAGCUGUCCCUCAAGAAGGGUAAGAAACUGACCAAGAAAUCUUUAUAGGACGUCCACCACCAUCAGAGGCAGACUGUGGACGGGGGAGGGAAGAAGAAAAUUAAAAAAAUAAAAUCUUACACGCAAAACUUUAACAAAAACACAACGAUUAAAAAAAACAAAAAAAAAAAAAAAAAUGCACCAAUCAAGACGAAUAUGGAACACCGGCGGUUCUCCAGACCCCUCCCUGUGACCUGGAGCGUCCCCACCCGGAGGCCCAGGACGGAACUGUUACCACCACCCAGGAAACCCGCAGCCCAUUGAUCUGGAUGAGCGGGGUCGGGGAGACGGAGAACGGGAGGCGCUCGGGCCAGUCCGGAGCGUCCUCCCCCCACCGGCCACCGGUUUUAACCUGAGGAACUGUGACCUUUGACUCGCUUUUCUUUUUGUACUUGAACAUUUUUGUGGAGGGAUGGAGACGACGGAGCAUGAGAGAUUAGCCGUCCUUUAGCCGGGGACUCUUGUUCGGGGGGGCCGCUCUAUGCAUCGCAUCAAUCACACAGAUAACACAAGAUCAGCCACGUCCCGAAUCCAGCGCUGCAACCCCUAACAAACACCUUGAUGAAUAUUGACGGGUCUAACCUCACACUGCUGCACUGACGGGUCUGAUUUUUAAAGAGAAUUCCUGUUUGUUACAACACAGCUCAUGUUUUCGUUUUUGUCAGAAUAAGUCUGUUAAAAAAGGAAGAAAAAAAAAUACUGAAAUGCCAGAUCAGACAGGUUGUAAACAAACAGGGCUUCGCUGCUGCUCAUCCAACCUGCUGCUCUGGACGUAAACGUGCAGCCUUGUUUGGCCGAGAGAUCCUGACUUCUAGACUCUAGUUCCAGGUGGGAUCCCAUAAAAACCACCGACUCACCUUUCUGAGACGUCAUUUUCGUUUGUUUGCAACCUGCCUGAUGCGACCGCUCAUUUCUCAACUUCUUCUAUUUGCCCGGAUGCAAGUUAUCAGCAACCAAUGCACACGAGCGACAACCAGCAGCAUGAAAAGAGCGAACCAGGAUUGUCCUUUUUUAAGCGUGAGUUAUUAUCCCCACAGUUCACCAGGUCAAAGCUCAGUCAUUAGCAUAUGAGUUUUUUGGGAAGCAAAGAAGUACAGCUUAUGUUUCGUUUUGCUUUUUUAUCAAUGAAUGUGUUGCUCACGCCGUCUGAUGACAUCCAUCUGAAUGCGUGAGCAGCGUUUAAGAGUCCCAGGAGUUACACCGGACCCAGGUAGACUGGACUGGCUCGUCAGGGUAGUGCUGCAGACUUAUUAGACCACUACCACUUUAAAGUUAACCCAGCUCACGUGCUUGCUUGUUGUUGCUAGCAGCUUAUGCUAACGGAGUCAAGCCUGCCAGUGUUACGAUUGAAAAGCUUUCCUUGAAAAUUCAGAAUCUCUGUCCAGCGUCCAGAUGUGAAGAGAAGGCGACACCCAGCCGUUAGUCCGCGCUACCUGGCGUCAGAAGGUGAUUUCAUUCGGUCUCCUGUUGCGCGUUCCACUGCACCCUGCAGAUAAGAGUCUCCCUCCGCCGGUACAGCACCACAGCACCAGGUCCAACGCUCACCUCUCAGGCUCUGGUGAAUUCAGACAAACGUCCUCUGACCUCUCAGCGCGGUCGUGAUUCCUUCUAAUUGGCUCAAAUCGUUUCUUCCCUCUGAACCUUUCCCCUCCUAUAAUUUAAUCUGCCUUAUUCAGUUUCUAAUAUGUUCCAGUAAACACGUCCACCUUGUGCUGACUCUGUCAGCAGAACACAUGUGUUAAGAGAACCCGGAUGUAGAGGACAGCGUUGGCCUUAAGAUAUAAAACCAUAAAGAUCAUAUCAUUUCCAGAGCUGUAUUUAUUACAUGGACGAUGGAGGUUGCAGUGACUAAAGCCAGCGCAGCGUCCGAUCACCUAAUGCAAGGAUUUUAUUUGGUUUUGAUUUUCCAAGUCAAAGGUACUUCCAUCAAUUGUAAUGAUCUGGAUGCAGGUGUGAGAAUGAAACAUGCCUUUUUGAAUAAAGAGGUUGAAAUAA